AUGUCAACCAAUACUUGUAACAAUCCCGUCAUUUGCUUCGCAUCCAACUUGGAACAUGCACUGCGCAACUCUGCUGAGCUACUCGAGAGCACCUCUCGUCAUAGUUCUGAAUCAUAUUACAAUUCAAACUCUGUUUUGCUGGAUGAUGAUGGAUGGAUGGCAGGACCCCAUGGUCGGCUGCUUUUCUGGGUCCCUCCCGCUUCUCGACAACACUCAUUCAUUGCAUAUGCUCCUGGGACUGUACUGGUGAUAACCAAAAGACAAGAGUUAGAUUUGAGUCGCAUGGCCCAUGGACAACACUGGUCGAAUUGCCGAGACACGUGA